AGACAACGGGAGAAUAACGGGAACUGGCUGGAAAUUAAAUCGAACGAGAAAAACGCGGCGGAGCGUGAAAGCUGAAACAAUCAGGCUGGAAUCUUCUGCUUCCUCUUCCUGGAGGUGGGAAUAGCCGGUGGGAGUACUGGAAUGAAGGAAGAAGCAGAGAGACAGUGAUGAAGAUGCUCUCCACGUUCAAUUUACACUUUAGCUGGUGUUAGUUUUUGCAAGUUUAGACUGAAGAAGUUGAUAACACACAUCUUUUUAUUACCUCUUGCUUGUCUUCUGGCAGAGUCAACUUAUCGGCAUCUUGGCAGAACACCAAUACAACCACUUUUUACAGACAGACAGACAGUCAUCAGUUCGUUGGAAUCAUGGCAAACAUGUGCCCAUAUGGCCGCUUCACCCACGCCGUGGUGCGGGGCAUCCCGGAGACCUUUGGGAAAGCGGUGGAGGGCGGUCGUGAGAACGCGGAGACCUCGGUGGACCUGGCCAAAGCUCAGCGUCAGUUCGGUUGCCUGACCGGAGCCCUGAGACAGAAGGUGGGCCUGCAGCUGAUCGAGAUCCCCCCUGACCCCGAGCUGCCAGACAGCUGGAGGAUAGAGGAUGUGGCCGUCAUCCAGGGAGACACGGCGCUCAUCACCAGGCCCCUCAAACAGCAGAGACGCAGCGAGGUGGAGGCAGUGAGGAGGGUGGUGUCGGAGCUGAAUCUGACUGUGGUGGAGAUGAGGGCCGAGGAGGGGGACUCCGGAGGGGCCACGCUGGAGGGCAGCGACGUCCUCUUCACGGGAAGAGAGUUCUUUGUCGGCAUCUCCUCCCACACCAACCACAGAGGGGCGGAAGUACUGGCAGACACUUUCAGGGACUUUGCCGUAUCCACCGUCCCCGUCUGCGGUGGCGCCCGACUGAGAAACGUCUGCUCCAUGGGAGGUCCAGACACCAUCAUCAUCAGCAACAGUGACGGGGCCAAGAAGACGCUCCGGAUGAUGGAACAACUGACUGAUCACCACUAUGAAGUGCUCACUGUUCCAGAGGAAUCGGCAGCAAACUGCAUCUACAUCAAAGGUCCGUCUAAGCUGGACUUCCUGCUCCACCGGCCUGCAGAGGAAUGUCCCGACAGUGUCUCUGCUUUCCAGAAGCUACAGGACUACACCCUCCUGCCUACAGCCUGCAGCGAGGCAUCCAAACUGGGAGCGUCUCUGUCCUCGCUCUGCCUCCUCAUUAACAGAAAGCACACGUAUUUCUGAAAACAUUUCUGACCGUCGGUAUGCUUCACAGCGUUUACAUGUUCACGGUGGGGUGAAAUAAACACUUCACAGUGUACUAUUCUGAUCUAUUUAUUUCUUGGGGAAAACACAUCUGCUAACCUCAAACUUUAACAUAACUAUCCGUGAAGCCACUAAAUUCAGUUUCACUGUUUUUACUUUUGAUCAUCACUUUUCCAGUUUCUGCAGACUAACUUUAAGAAAUGUAAAAAACUAUGGUACCAAAUUGACAGAAUGCAAUUUAAUGGUUCAAAUAUACCAAAGUAUGAAGGGAAACGGUACAGCUGUGAAAAUGGAACCUAGGUAAACAGUCUCAAAUUGACACACGCCUAUAUUAACCACGAUGGCACCAAAGGCAAAAAGUUACUUAUGUAAUUACAUUUUAAGACUAAUGCUUUGAGGAAGUUGGAGUACUUUCAGACCUGCAGAUUUGUAGAAUGUCGCUAUAAUACUUGUUUUAGUAUAGUCGUUUUACUGACUCAAUUUACAGGAUGUGUAGCUGCUACAAUAAAACUGCAGAGUUUUUAUAAAUAAUUAGCUUUCAUAUGUGAGUUUGUAGAAAGUGUUGUGAUGCCAAUAAACUAAGUGAAAAAGA